AUUUUCUGUAAUUUUAUUUGAAUAUAUUAUAUAUUUUACUAUAUAUUAUCUGACCGUCACUAUAAAAAUGUGACAUUGUUUUGUUUUAGUUUAUGUGAGAAUCACACUCGUAGUGAUUACCAUUGGUGAUUACAUACUCUUUGCACAAUAACAGAAACAACCUCAAAGAAGAGUAACUUGUUGUUUGUUUAUGAAGAAGAGUAGCCUGUUUUACAAUUAUUUUCACAUUUACAGGCUUCCUAAGUACUAACUAAACUAUGUAUCUUCAACUGUGAGCUGCACUGUGUGUAAUAAACAGAACUUAAAAAACACUAGAGAGACUGCUAAAUAAUCAAGUGAACUGCUCACUUAACAGUAAAUCGUAGUAAAAUGGAGUUUAAUGCAACUAAAAAGGCAGUGCCGAGGAGUGCAGGGCCAUCAAAAGCACAGUUCUGCAUGAUUUGUCUGGACACCAGUAAGGAUUGUAAACUGUACCCAGUCAACAAAUAUAACUUGGAUAUAGAAUUUGAAAACUUGACUGGGAUUUCCCUUCAGGGCAAGCUGUACUUUGUUCCGCAGUUCUGCACAAUAUGUGCUCAGAGACUCAGCAACUGCAGCAAGCUCCGAGACAAGUGUCUGAGAGCAUAUCAUUUGCUACUGGGAUUGGUGGAAAUUAAUAAAUUGUUAACAACACAGAACAUAAAAACACUAAACAGAUCAAACAAUCUAACAUCAAGCAUGGGCAAGAGAUCAUUCCAACCAGACCACUGUGACUUGUAUCUGAUACACCAAGAACAAGAGCCAGAAGUACCAGAAAUACCACAUAGUGAAACAAUAAAAAUCGAAGUGAAAUUACUUGAUACAAAACUUAUACUGAAUCCAAAUCCCAAGAAUGAAAACAAUCUUGAAGAACAAGUUGCAGAAAUGAAUGAACCUAAAACAGAAAAAAUGGAUAAUAUCAUUAGUGACGUUGAAUUUGUAGACGAGAUCAACGAUAUUGUACAAAGUGAUACUGACAUUGAUAUUGACACACAUAGUGAUAAAAGAAUCAAGGAUAAAGUGGACAAGUUUAUGAACGAUGUAAUGAACGACACGGACAACGAUUGGGACUUUUUGAAGGACAGCUUUAGUGAUACUGAUUCAGAUUCUGGAGCUGUCAAUAAAGCCAUCACUGUAAAUGCUAAAGCAACUACACAUGAAAUUAAAGAAAACAAUAAAAGACUUAAACGCAAGCUCGUUAGAAGGAAAGCGAUAGAUCCUGCGACCCUGGAGUAUUUAAAGCAGUACAAAAUAACGGAAUUAACCCCUGAAGAACAGUUGGCUGAUAUACAGAAGAGAAAAGAUAAGGAGAAUUUCAAAAAUUCACCGUACAAAUGUAUGACGUGCUUCAAAGGAGCGUUGAAUAUAGAUACUUACAAUGCACAUAUGGAAAGACAUACUGAUAAAUAUGGGAAAUCCAUAUGCUCGGUUUGCGGACUUCACUUCAAAAGUAACAAAGCAGUGCGAAGCCACGUGAUAAACACUCAUAGCGUGAGAUAUAGUUGCAACACCUGUCCCUUGGUCACUAACCAUAAAGUAGUGGCCAAGAAUCACGCGGGGUGGCACAAAGGGACCACCUACAAGUGUCUACAUUGUCCUGAGGAGCUACAUUCAAAGACCGCCUACUUCUCCCACCUGCGCAUAGCUCACCCCACAGACGUAGUGUGCACUCUGUGUGGAUUCUCCUUUAUCAAUGAGCGAGGGCUCGGUGUGCAUCUCAACUUAAAACACCACGGUGCAAAUUUGCAGGACGUAGACGGUCCGCUGUGUGAGGAGUGCAACAUUCGCUUCGCGUCUGUGACGGCGUAUCGUCAGCAUAUGGAGGUCUCGUUCAAACAUGCCACAGGAGGGCGUCCCAAACGCAACACUCCAAAACAAAAGCCGGAGAAUGCUAAUUACAACAAGCGGUACCAGAUGUACAAACACAAGCCUGUGUUGACCUGCGAAGAGUGCGGCAUGCAAAUGGAAGGUUACCGUUCCUACUACCGUCACUUCCGCUUCAGUCACCCGGGCAAGACGCGCAGCCAGUUUCCAGUUAACUACGCGCCCUGUCUGUGCGAGCAGUGCGGCAAAUCCUUCACGAACCGUUACCUGCUGAAAGAUCACAUGCUGCAGCACUCGGGCAAGAAGGAGUUCCAGUGUGACGUGUGCAAGAAGUCGUUCUUCCUCAAGUUCCACCUGGUGACGCAUCUGAAGACGCACAGCGAGGACCAGCCCACCUACGAGUGCCCCGUGUGCCAGAAGAAGUUCGUUAACAAGGCCAAUUGCAACAGGCAUAUAUGGACGCACAAGGACCACAAGCCCCACAAAUGCCAGGCGUGCGACAAGACGUACGUGAACUCGUCCACGCUGCGCUCGCACGUGGAGCACGUGCACCUCAAGAAGCCGUACCCUAAGAAGAGCCGCGGGCCCCGGCUGCGCGCCAGCCGCGCGAGGCACACCAAGGAGGCCGUGUGUGGCACCAUAUGGCCUAAGCCGGAGCACGCUAGCACGGGCGUCGUGGCGGAGUUUCCUGACUGAAGGGAUUUAUGUCCUUGCGUUUCUGUGACGCAGGUCCAACUCUGUUGUUAGUUAUGGAGGUAGGUAUGUACAGUGCACGGCAGGAAAUAUCGUACAUCGACCUUUAAAAAGAGAUAGCGGUUUCGUAGAGCGUUGUCUCUGUCGUUGAGACCGACAAAACGUCACAUAUGUAUGAGUGACAGAGUA